AUACAUUUUGUUGACUGAGACUUAAAUGAUCUUCAGUACUAGUCUCUACAAGUCCAAGGCUGAAUACAAUUUACCGUUUGUAGUAAUACUUUUUCUUUCUUUACGAUUCUGCUUAAAAAAUUCCAUCAAUGUACACUUCCUGAAUAGUACAGCAAAUUUAGAAAUUGUUUAGUCAACUCAAGGCAUAAUUAUUUGCUCUAAUAUUAUCUAUACUAUCAUACGCCGUCGACUUCGACACUUCCUGAAAUCCACGCACACAUAUGGCAGCACUGAUCCUUUGAUCUUUCUUGGAAUAACCACAACCAUUUCCGUUAAAUAUUUGCCCAAGAGCUGGGUGUCAAAUUAGCUGGUAAAUGUUUCUCCAUGGAAAUAUUCAUUUUUCAAUUUAAAAAAAAAUAUCGACUGAACUUAAAAAAACAAUUAAAACAUAAAGUUUAUUACACAAUUAAGAAUGGAAGUUGUGUGGAAGGAACGUUAGUAUUUCAUAGCCAUCGCGUUGCGAAGUGCAAGAGAUUUCUCAAAGGUCAAUGAGUCGUGCGUUCAUAUAUAACAAGGGGUAAUUUCAUGAUCUCAUACCAGAACUUCGAUCACAGCUGAAGAUUCUGUCAUUCUCCAUGAUAUAAAAAAGUAUUUAAGACUAAUCCAUUGACCGUUUUCGGGAGGGUUAAUCAGUUAUUGUUAUGCAAUUGAAGAAAAAAAUUGGAAAAUUUCCCUAGUCUCCUAUUACUGUAGAAUCACGUGUUCCCCCUCGCGGUCCUCACAAGUUAGCUCGCAACGAUUAGCGAUGCAUAAUGGCGAAUGCGAUGGUUUACAGACUUCUAGUGACUCUUUUGAUUAUUUGUCGCUCUGUUUCAGCCUCUAAUUGUCCACCUGACUGGUAUGGAUUUGGUAACUCUUGUUACAAGUUUGUGGUGAGAUCUUUGUAUGUGAAGGGCCUCAACUGGGAAAAUGCACGAAGAACUUGCCUAAAUUAUGGGGGAGACCUGGCUAGUGUUGAAAAUAUUUCAGAAAUGAACUUCAUAUACAGUCAUUCCUCCAAGAAUUGGAGGGAAAAUUAUUGGAUUGGACUCAAUGAUCAGCACAAUGAAAGCCAGUUUGUUUGGAGUGAUGGAACACCUUUCAACAGUUCUGUCUAUAAUAACUGGAAAAGUGGUGAACCUAAUGAUGGUGGUGGAGUAGAGGAUUGUGUUGAGCUCUAUCUCCGUCGUUGGAAUGACGAUAAAUGUAAUAGUGAGCUUGGUUAUAUCUGUGAAAGGCCUAAAGGAGUACCCAUGCCUACCUCAUUAACUGUAUCACCACCAGCCACUUCCACCCCCAUUUCCUGUCCUAUCGGAUGGGAAUAUUAUGGGUCAUCCUGCUACAAGUUUAGCUCAGUUAGAAAGACAUGGACUGAUGCUGCAAAAGACUGCCGAGCAUUGGGAGGAUACUUGGUUAAAAUAGAUGACAGUGAUGAACAGCAUUUCAUAACAUUCAAGCAGAGAAUUAGUCACAGAACGAGAUGGAUUGGAUUAAGUGAUUCUGCUGUUGAGGGAAAUUACAGAUGGGAAGCUGAUAAUACGUUGGUAAACUACACUUAUUGGGCGACAGAUGAACCAAAUGAUUUUGCAGGCUCAGAGGAUUGUGUUCAAGUCUGGGCUUACUCUUCAGGAGGUUUAUGGAAUGACGAUUUUUGCAACUCAGAACACUACUACAUCUGUGAGAAACCUGGUGGUCAAAACCUAUGUCCAUUAAAUUGGAGAGGUUUUGGUGACUACUGUUACCAGUUCAAUAUUCAUGGGGCCCAUGCCAAGAGUUGGCUUGAUGCUGAAAAAGCCUGCAUGUCACAUAAUAGCGGGACUGAAUUGGUUAGCAUUAGCGCGGGGGCAGAGCAAGAUUUUCUCUUAAAGUACCUUAAAGACAUGAGAAUUCCUCAAAUAUGGAUUGGACUUAAUGAUCGUAAACAGGAGGGGACAUAUGUAUGGACAGACAAGUCCUCUCUCACCUACAAAAACUGGGCACCAAAACAACCAAGCAAUGGUUUUUUCGGAACGUAUGCAGAUUGUGCAAGAAUGGAUGCUGAUAAUCAGAAUGGCACCUGGAGUAUGGCAAUGUGUCGCAAUAAGUUUGGCUAUGUCUGUAAGAGAAAAAAUGGCAUAAAUCAGUGUGAUUCGCCAUUUGGAAUGGAAGAUGAGAGCAUUGCCGAUAGCCAAAUAUUUACCUCCAGCAAUUAUAACUUUUCAUCUCGAGCAAGUCAGGCCCGUCUUCGUUUGGAAAGCGGUGACUUAAAUGCAGGAGCAUGGUGCGCUGCACAAAACAAAGUGGGUGAAUAUUUACAAAUUGAUUUGGGAGUUGUGCGUCAGGUAAGACACAUUGCACUUCAAGGAAGGCCAGGAUCUUCCGACUAUGUGAAGACGUUCUAUCUCAGAUAUGGAGACAAUGGCCUGGAUUUUAAUAACUAUGGUGAAAACGCCACAGUCAAAUACAAGACUUUAGGUGGAAAUGUCAAUGAUGCCGCGUCCAUCAGCAACAUUGCCCUUACUGAACCUAUCUAUGCCAGAUUUAUCAGGAUUUAUCCACUUUCAUGGAACUCUCGUAUCUGCCUGAGAACUGAAAUUUAUGGCUGUGCAUCACAAGCCUCUUCUAAGAAGUGUGGGAUUGGCUGGGAGAUUGGACCUGAUGAAACUUGCUACCAGAUUAACUCAAAUCAGUGGAAAUUGUGGGCAGAUGCACGCGCAUCUUGCCUGAGCAGAGGCGGGGAUCUAGUCAGCAUAGUAACUAUGAAGGAGAAGAACUGGUUGAAUAAUAGAUUGCAAGCGGUCAGUGGGUGGACUUAUUCAUUUUGGCUGGGACUGAAUGAUAGAGACUCUCCUAAGCACUUUUACUGGAGUGAUGGAAGUCCUUAUAGAUUGACCGCAUGGGAUGCUGGUUACCCCACGAACACACCACAAACUCCGAAAGCUUGCGUUGAGAUUGAUACAGUCAGAGGGGCUUGGAGAGAUGUGAGCUGCGGAGAAUAUCGACCAUUUAUUUGCAAAAGGAAAAUGGCAAGUGGUGUGAAGACUCCUGUGACUGGAAACUGGAUUAGUGGGACAGAUUACUAUUGGCCGCUCGAUCAAAUUGUCGAAGGGAAGUCGGUUGUUGGAACAGUCCCAGCUAUUGUUCACGGCGAGGUGAAAUCAUCUAACUCGUCUCAAAAUGGACGCAGCGUCGUAUAUUUUAGGGGCUACCAGGCGCAUUUGGAUGCGAGACGGUUUCAAGAUCCCUGCAUAUCGAAUCUAGAUAAGUGCGAGAAUGGCAUCACUGUCUCAUUUGUUAUACAGUUCGAGGAUGAUGCAAAGACCUGGAAGACAAACACUUUCAUUGUGUACACAUUCGAGGACGUAUUGCAAAAGGGUCGAGGAUUUGCACUUUAUUACGUCAACGGUCAAUUACAUACGGCAGUUAACACUCGGCAAAAGAGGUGGCAUGUUUUUAAACCUUUACAGACGGGCAAAAAUGUAUGGCACCAUGUUAUGUUCACCUGGCAACGCGAAAAGGGGAUUGUUCUCUACAUAAAUGGAAAGAAAAGCUCUUCUUUGUACUAUGGGGUUUCUUCCUCUCACUCUAAAAGUAGCAGUUCAUUUAUUGUGGGGAGCAAGUCCACUCAACCUUUAUCUGGUGGAUUUCGGAUGCGUUCACUGGCAGUUUGGAGGAGGCCGUUGACGUCUCAAGAAGUAAAUCGUAUUUAUCUGGCCGAGUUUGGCUCCUGUAGGGUUGGUUGGAAAGACUUUGGGCAGUACUGUUACCAGUUCAAUUUGAACAAGAAAUCGUGGCCUUCUGCACAAAUAUCCUGUGUGAACCAGCAAGCAGAACUGGUCAGCAUUCACUCACCCGUCGAGCAGGCCCAUAUAUCUCUGGAGACAGGACCUCACGGACUAGACUUACCGGCGUGGAUUGGGAUGCAUGAUCAAGGAGUGGAAAGUGAGUUCCAGUGGUCUGAUGGGUCAGCGGUUCAAUUCACCUACUGGGAUGGCUGGCAACCUGAUAACUGGCGAGACUCAGAAGAUUGUGCCAAUGUCAGAAAUGUGAACGAUGGCCGCUGGAAUGAUCAGAGCUGUUAUAACAGUUUGCCAUAUAUCUGUAAGAAGCCAAAAGAGUAUAUCACACCUCAUGGAAUCAUUGCAACAUCGACUCCUAAGAAACUUUUCGUUUGCGAAAGUACAUCUGCAGUUCUUAGUUGCCCAACAUCUACAGUUUUGACGAUCAAAUCUGCCACAUGGGGACGCACUAAUACGACCAGAUGUUUUCAAGUGAGCGUUAAACCUUGCAAGCUGAAUGUUACCGCAAACUUAAAUGCUAAAUGUGGAGGCAAAAACCACUGUUCGUUAAGAGCCACCAAUUCAGUACUUGGUGCUGACCCAUGUGGAGGGGGAAUUGCUAAGUAUUUAGAAAUUGACUACAUGUGCCUGAAAGGUCCUGAAAAUUCUCCGCUCUGUAAAGGUGGCUGGCAUCUUAGCCCUGAUGGCUCUCGCUGCAUCAGGGUGAUCUUUGAUCGCAAAACUUGGCAGGAUGCGAGAAGCACGUGUAAAACUUAUGGAGGUGACCUAGUCAGUUUCCACAGCAGCACAGAGAAUAUCUUGGUGACUUCUCUGUUAGUUGACUCCUGGAACAUUGGAGAGGUGGGAGGAUUAUGGACGGGUCUCACAGAUGCCGGUCAGAAAGGCGUGUACUACUGGUCUGAUGGGUCCAAGCUGGACUACACCAAUUGGCUCAACACUCAACCAGAUGAGAGGAUUUUGGAGGGAAGUUGCGUUCAAGCCACCUUGCAACCCGGUCGUAUGAGCUGGUUGUUCUGGCAGGAUGUGGACUGUAACAGCACACUUUAUUUUGCCUGUGCAAAACCUCCAAAUAGGCAGGUGCUACCCACCAACCUCGUUCCUUCAGGACAAAGUCUGACGCGCACGGCAACUCCUACUUCUACGGUUUUUAACUACUUGUGUCCAUCUGGAUGGAUGACAAAUGGCUCAUUCUGUUACAAGUUGAUGUCGCAGAGCAAAACGUGGACUGAUGCAAGAGACACCUGUAGAUCAUUCACUGCAAACUCAGAUUUAGUCAGCAUUCACAGUGUAGCGGAGAAUGAAUUUGUGGCCAGUCUGUUCAGUGGCUUACUGUAUGCAGCUUGGAUUGGACUGAGCGACCGUGGUGUGUUAUAUGGCUACGUUUGGAGCGACGGAACGCCUGUGCAGUUCACAAAAUGGAACGUGCAGCAACCGGACAGUCAUCAAGGACAACAGCCAUGUGUGGAGAUGUAUUCUACCGGAGAAUGGGGGGACACUGGAUGCUACUCUGUAAAGCAGUUCAUCUGCAAGAUGCCACGAUCGGAUAAUAAACCGUCAGCAACAGUCACUCCAACCACACCUGUUCACCAAACCUCAGGCAUUUGCCCUAACAAUACGAUUUUGUGGAAUACAAUGUGCUACUAUUUCGCAAAUGACUCCCAGUCAAGCCGACUCACGUGGCGUGCCGCUCGACAGGCGUGUCAAAAAGAACUAGGAGGAGACCUCGUUAGUAUUUUAAGUGCUGCGGAGAAUAACUUCAUAAAAUCUCAAAUCUCAGGGCACAGUAGUAAUGCUCUUUGGAUUGGACUCAAUGAUCUCGGAACAGAAAGCAGCUACCAGUGGAGCGACGGUUCGCCAGUAGUUUAUAUAAACUAUGGAUGGAAAGAACCAAAUGAUUAUUACGGCCAGGAAGACUGUUUGGAAAUUGUAAAGCGUGGUUAUUGGAAUGACCAUCACUGCAGUGUCCUGCGGCCGUACAUCUGCAAAACGACAAAUAAUUCCAGAAUACAAGCUUUGACCACGUCCCCUCCUGACCAAUCGCGUCCUGGCCGAUCACAUGGCAGAUGUAAAGACGGCUGGGUAAACUAUGACAAGCGCUGCUACCGCAUUGUGUCGGAUCCUCAGCUGUCCUGGGAGAACGCAAGAGAUGUAUGUCGGAAGGGACUUAAUGCCAAUGUGAACGGAGACCUUGUUACUGUGAAUGAUCAAUACGAACAGGCAUUUUUGACAACUAUGCUUCUGGGAAAGAACGACAAUUUCUGGAUUGGCUUUAAUGACAAGCAUGUGGAAGGCAGCUUCUUUUGGACAGAUAAUAGUCCUCGUAAAUACACCAACUGGAAUGUCAAUGAGCCAACGGGCUACGGCUGGAACAAGGAUUGCGUCGACAUGACGUCCAGUGGAGAGGCAGGAAGAUGGGAAACUGCGCAGUGUGACCAGAAAAAAGGGUUCAUCUGUGAGACAGGAGCUGAUCAAAUCUCAGCGAAUGCUCCACCUGGUAACACGUCUUGUCCUCCAGGGUAUCUUCCCUUUGGUAGUGACUGUUUUAAUGUGUCUUACGUCCCGAUGGGCUGGAAGGAAGCUCUUAAAUUUUGCCAAGACAGAAUGAAUGGUAGCGAUUUGAUGAGCGUUCACAAUUCGUUUGAACAGGCAUUUGUCGUCAUGAAUUUAAAGGGUUUCCAAGGACGCUUUUGGCUUGGUCUCUCUCGUGAAGCUAAUUCUAAAGACUUCCAAUGGAGUGACCUUUCAAUGAAAACCUAUACAAACUGGGCUGCGAAGCAACCAGAUGCCCCAUAUGGCCAGAAAACGUGCGUUGUCGCUAGUAAUUCAGAUGCUAAUGCUGGAGGUUGGAGUGACGUCAAUUGCUCGGAAAAAAAUAGAUUUAUCUGUAGAUUACGAAGGGGCGAACCGCAUGUGUCACCUCCAUUGCUCGGAAGCUGCCCCACUGGAUGGGAGAAAUUUGACAAGCACUGUUACCUUUUCCGAGACAGCGACUUGCAGCCAUGGGCAGCUGCAAGAUUCAAGUGUUUAAAUCAGGGUGGAAAUCUUGUGAGCAUUACAUCAGAGCAGGAGCAAGACUUCAUCACUUUCCACUAUCGACGGAUUUCCGCUGGAAAAAUCUGGAUUGGUUUGAAUGAUUGGUCGCUGGAGAGAGGAUUCACAUGGAGUGAUGGUAGCCCUGUGACGUAUCUUAACUGGUUACCCGGUGAGCCAAAUGACAACACUGGUAUGGAGAAUUGUAUUGAAAUGUGGCCACCUAGUAGAGGAUGGAAUGAUCAGUCAUGUGCUGAUAGACGGGGCUACAUCUGCAAACAGCCUCUAGAAUGUGCUGCAGCUCUGGGCAUGAGUAAUGGUGCCAUCAGCAAAAGCCAGAUAACGGCUAGUUCUAUGUUGGCAUCAUAUGGUCCGGAUAUGGCCCGGCUAAACUCUAUGUCAGCUUGGUGCGCCAAGGCACAAUCUGGGCAGUACAUCCAGAUUGAUCUGCUUACUGAAACCCGCCUCAACAAAAUUGCUCUUCAAGGCUUCACUCUCAAUGGACUACCCAGCUUUAUAAGAACGUUUACACUACAAACAAGCGAGGAUGGUGUAAAUUAUGAGGCAUACCAAAGGAAUGGUCGAGAUGUGGUGUUUCCUGCAAACCAUGACGCCAAUUCUGUGGUCACUAAAUCUGUUAAACCAACAGUUAAUACACGCUUGAUAAGAAUAGUACCAAGCUCUUGGACCGGCUCUUUGUGUAUGCGGAUGGAACUUUAUGGCUGCCCGAUUGCUUGUCAAACCCCUCUUGGGAUGCAGUCUGGGUCCCUCAAUGAUACAUCUCUUUCAGCUUCAUCGACGAAAGACAGCUCCCAUAAGGCUGCCAACGCUCGCCCGUUUCGUGCAGUUGGGUGGUGCGCAAAGAUUUUAGAUAAACAUCCUUGGUACCAGAUUACUUUUCCAGGCUGGGAAAGGAAGAUUACAAAAAUAACCACGUGGGGAGGGGGCAGAGGGUCAGGGUUUGUCAGUGUGUACAGUCUAAAGUCCACACGUACGCUUGACGUAGACAUCACGGUUUGGUCAGACUACCAGGAAGGCGGAAAAACCAGGAAUUUCCGAGGCAACCAAGACGCUGUUAAUCCGGUGUCGCACCUCCUGGCAGAACCAAUCAUAGCGGAUGCAUUGCGCAUAAAGCCGCUGAACUGGUCGUCAAUUGGUGCUUGUCUACGCCUUGAAGUCUUUGGAUGUGAUAAAGGAUGCAACUCUGCCCUCGGUUUAAGGCAGGGGAUCAUCAAAGACUCAGCUUUAUCAGCGAGUUCAUCAUUAGACGAGGCCCACUUGGCCAAUAAGGGUCGGUUAAAUGGAAGUACUGGGUGGUGUGCAUCUGAUAAUUAUAGAGAGAGCUACUUUGAGAUUGACUUCGGAGUUGCGAUGAAAGUAAGCACCGUAGCUAUACAAGGAGCUGAAGAUGGUAAGGGGUACAUCAAAAGUUACAUUGUGAAUACGAAAGACUAUGUUGAUGGACCAUGGACUCAAUACAGGCAGAACGAUAAGACUAAGGUCUUCUUGGCAAACGUGGAUUUCUCAUCAAUAGUGAAAAACUCGUUCCCUUCUGGUCUGCGGGGAAGGUAUAUCAGGAUAAAGCCAAAGACAUGGAGUGAUCGACCGUGUCUCCGUUUAGAAUUGUAUGGCUGUAAGAGUGAUUUGCAACCAACUAUCAUCCCAUCAGUGAGUACAACACCAUCAGCAGUUCUAACGUAUAGAGGCUCAGUAAAGUUCUCCAACAAGACAUGGACUGAUGAAUACGAGAAUCCUGGUAGCGAAGCAUUCAAGACUCUCGCAAGGAAGAUAGAAAAAUCGAUUGCUGACUUGUACAACGACGAUAAGAACGAUGAAGCAUCAAAAGCCUUCUUGAAUGUUACAAUAACCGGAUUCAGUCGUGGCAGUAUCAUUGCUAAGUUUAGGCUGACGUUUUUCCGGGAUAUUGCUAACAAUCUUGGCGCUAAUGUGACCAGGAAGCUUGUUGAGGCUGUGGACAGUGGAGAAUUAGCAGGGUUGGCCGUUGAUCAGUCAUCUUUAAUUAUCAAGAUAGAAGAUGAUUCAAGUGUUAGCACCAGCAGUCAGCCUACAACAGAAAAUCAAAUAGACAGUAAGUUAAUGUAAACAGACUAGCUUUGAAACAGAUGCGAGAGUCCGUUUAUUGGUGUUCUCAGCU